AUUUACAUCGAAAGGAAACCCACCUACCAAGAACCAGUACAACGAUGGCUCUCCUCUUCUCCUUCCACCGUCCAUCACUCCUCUUCGAGAACUCAUCCACUGCCACCACCAGCACGCCCACUUCCUCUAUCCUCCGCCCCUCUGCCCCCACUUCUCUAUCUUUCUCUCUCCGUCCCAGAAGAAUCAAAUCGACAUCCAUUCGGUUCUCCUCAAACAAACCCCCAGCCAACUCCGGRUGGAACCYUGUCGAUCAAACCAUCAACGACGACGAAGAAUCAGAUGGGUUGCAGUCGCCCAAGGUGACAGACGAAUGGGGGGAGAAAUCUGAAGGGGAAAUUGAACCAUUGACGAGAUUGUCAACGUCUGAUCCUCCGAAAGACGAUGACGAAUGGGGAACAGGAGCGACGGAGCAAUCAGAUCAGUUUUCUGCUAGCGGUAAUGGCAGUCCUGUCGUUGAAGCUACGGCGGUAGAGGGUAAUAGUGAACUUGAAGAGCUGAAGAGGUGUUUGGUGGACAGUGUUUAUGGGUCUGGUCUCGGAAUCCGUGCUUCUCCGGAGGAACGGGCGGAGGUUAUGGAAUUGGUGACUCAGUUAGAAGCGGCUAAUCCGACGCCGGCGCCUACGGAUGCGGUGGAGCUUCUUGAUGGCAACUGGGUUUUGCUGUACACUGCAUUUUCUGAGCUAUUACCUCUUCUGGCCGCAGGCACAACCCCAUUGUUAAAGGUUGACAAGAUUUGUCAAGAAAUCUAUACCAGCAGCCUUGCAAUAGAUAAUUCGAUUACCUUUUCUACCCCUUUUGCUACUUUCACAUCAACUGCAUCCGCAAACUUUGAAGUCCGAAGUCCCUCAAGAAUACAGGUACAAUUUAAGGAAGGGAGUUUUCAGCCACCAAAGAUAAAGUCAAAUGUAAGCCUUCCACAAAAUGUGGAUAUUUUUGGCCAAAAUAUCAGUUUGUCACCUGUCCAGCAGCCUCUCGAUGCUUUGCAAGAGGUUGUCGUGAAUUUAGCAGGUGUUAUUUCGGGUCAACCUUCUCUUAAGAUUCCCAUUCCGGGUGAACGGACAAAGUCUUGGCUUCUAAUUACAUUCCUCGAUAAGGACUUGAGGAUAUCAAGAGGGGAUGGUGGCCUCUUUGUUCUUGCUAAAGAAGGAAGUCCUCUUUUGGAUCAAUGAUCAGGUCAAACUUAUACCCCGUCCAUGUGAAAAUUGUUGACGGAUUUAGUUGAAGACACCGUUGGGUUUUUCUACAUGCCGUGCUCCCUACCAUCUCAUAAUUUGGUCAUUUUGUUGGCUUUAGUAUCCUGUUGUGACUGGUUACAAACUAUCUGUCGUCUCAGGAUUUCUUCAUUAUGAGCAGACGUAAAGUGUUACCGAUCCAUAAUUUGAAGUUGGGUGAAUCCGAGAGUUUCCAAGCUCACAAGAUUUGUAUAUUUGUUGGAUAGAGAUGAAAGCAGGUAUGCAGAUGAAGUGAUGUUGAUCUCAUUGAAAGAUCAAAUAGAUUUAAGAACUUGCAUGUGUAAAUUCUGUUGUAUAUUACUAUUCAUGAUGAAUUCAAGCUCUUCUGCCACAUGCAAACUUUUGUGUUG